AUGGAAGAGAACAAGAUACUUCAGGACGAGUUGGACAACUUGCGACGGAAUUCGAACUCAUACUCCGGCCACUUCUCUGUCACAAAAUCAACGACAGCUACCACACCAACACAAGUGACAGAAUUUUCUUUCCAGUCGCCUCGUCAUCCAUCCAAUCGAAUGCAAGGGGAUGGAGCGGAUAAUGUCCCCGAUGAAUUCGACACACCUUCUGGUUCCCGCUAUAGCUCCGGAUCGUCUAGCCUUCUAGAUGGACGACGUAAACUCAGCGGCACAACCCGACCUUUAAUACUUCCCCUGGACCAAUUACUGAACAGUUCUACCAUGGACAUUCCCGUCACCUCAAACAUUUCAAGUUUGGACAGCCCGAGCAUCUCGAGGAACCACAGUGUUGAUUUAGGUGGGAGUGAUGUACCCCCCUCGGCUGCAUCCCAGAUUGCUGGCCUUCGUGUCGCACUGAGUAAUCAGCAGCGCCGGGUGGAACAUUUGUCCGAGCUUCUUAACGAGAGCGAGGCGAAUGUGGCACGUUUAGAAGAGCAAGCCAAGGUGUUAAAAGAAGAGAUACGUCGCUUGGAACGCAUUACCCUUCGCGAGUCCCAGUUCGCGCUGUCCAAUCCCCCAAAUACUCCAGGCCUCGAAUCCUCUGACUCGGAUUCAGAUGCAACAAAGAGAGAUGCACAACUUCGUACGGAGUACUUAAAAAAUGUUAUACUAAAAUUGGUCUGCUCGCCUCCAGACUCCGCGGAGCGGCCCCAGUUAACGUCUAAUAUCAAUUUGAACAAACUGCAAACCGGUUUCCGAUCAGACCGGCAUAUUUCCAAUCAAUUGUGA